CGGGAUGCGGCGCUACCUGCGGGUUGUAGGGCUGUGCCUGGCCUGCGGCUUCUGCUCGCUGCUGUACGCCUUCAGCCAGCUCGCAGUGUCCUUGGAGGAAGGAGCGGCCGGAGGUCGCAGGCCGCAGGCCGCGGCGAUGGGUUCCUGGCUGGCGGACGGCGGACGCGGCCCCGGGAGAGGCGCGGGCAGCGCGGGCUUUGACCGGUCGGGCAGGUGUAAAGAUCUCUCUCUCUGUUACUGGAAUCACUAUUGGAUGCUGCCCUCUGAUGUUUGUGGAAUGAACUGCUUUUGGGAAGCGGCUUUUAGGUAUAGUCUGGAAGCGCAGCCCACUGAGAAAAUGCACCUUGCUGUUGUCGCCUGUGGUGAAAGGCUGGAGGAAACUGUGACCAUGUUGAAGUCAGCUCUCAUUUUCAGCAUCAAGCCGCUGCAGGUGCAUAUUUUUGCUGAAGACCAACUACACGAUAGCUUUAAAGACAGACUUGAUAGCUGGUCAUUUCUACAAAGAUUUAACUAUACUUUGUACCCUAUCACCUUCCCGAGCGACAGCGCCGUGGAGUGGAAGAAGCUCUUUAAGCCGUGUGCUUCCCAGAGGCUGUUCUUGCCGCUAAUCCUGAAAGAAGUUGAUUCACUACUCUAUGUUGACACUGAUAUCCUUUUUUUACGACCUGUUGAUGAUAUUUGGUCAUUACUAAAGAAAUUUAAUUCCACACAAAUCGCUGCGAUGGCCCCCGAGCAUGAGGAACCUCGAAUAGGAUGGUAUAAUCGCUUUGCUCGGCACCCGUACUACGGGAAGACUGGGGUGAACUCUGGGGUGAUGCUGAUGAACAUGACACGGAUGCGGAGGAAGUACUUUAAGAAUGAUAUGACAACCGCACGGCUGCAGUGGGGCGACAUACUUAUGCCAUUGCUUAAAAAGUACAAACUAAACAUCACGUGGGGUGAUCAAGAUCUGUUAAAUAUCAUGUUUUUUCAUAAUCCAGAAAGCCUUUUUGUUUUUCCGUGUCAAUGGAAUUAUCGACCAGAUCACUGUAUAUAUGGAAGCAACUGCCGAGAAGCAGAAGAGGAAGGAGUCUUCAUUCUUCAUGGAAACAGAGGUGUUUACCAUGACGACAAGCAGCCAGCAUUCAGAGCUAUGUAUGAAGCACUAAGAAAUUGUUCUUUUGAAGAUGAUGCCGUCCGUUCCUUAUUAAAACCUUUAGAACUGGAAUUACAGAAGACAGUUCACACAUACUGUGGGAAAACAUACAAAAUAUUUAUCAAGCAGCUGACAAAAAGCAUAAGAAGCCGUUAUGACACACCACCAAAGGAAAGGUGACUCUUAGUGACUGCUGACCGACAUGGGCAAAGUAGUAGAGCAUCUGAAGUGAAGGAAUCAUGGGAGGAGGAUUUGGAAGGCAUUUCUGUCUCCAGAAUAACCGUCUUCUGAAGAAGUUAGAAGAGCAGUAUAUUCAAUACCAUGAAGAAUAAGUUAAACUCUUGGGCUCCAGUGAGAAGACAGUUUUGGUCUCUGAUAUUUUGUAACAUUACUUGGUAUCAUUCCAGUGUUAAGGAAAACAGUGAACAGUGUGGCCCAUCGAGCUGUGUUGGCUCUUGAAUCAAGUAAAUAAAAACAGUGGUGGGGGGUGGGGGGAGAAGUUGUACCUCGAGCACAGUGGAGACAUUCAAGCUGUGAGUGUAGCAGUAACUUUAUGUCAGCACUAACCUCACUUUAAAGUGUGAGACAAAGUUUACAGGGGCAGAAGAGUUCUGUUUCUUAAGAAAUGUGAUGUAACCAAUGUAACCAUUGACAAUCUAUGUACCCGCAUA